AUGCGCCUCAUUCCCCAAGGCGCCUUCUCUCAAAGCCUACCCCUCCAACCCGCCGUCGCUACGCGCCUAGCCCACUCCAUCCCGAAGCCCAAAGCCGCGCGCGACCUCGAGAGCAAGACCGAGCAGCAGAUCCGCCUCGAGUCGAACCCGCACUACCAGCUCGACUUCACCUGCGUGCCUUGCGACACCCGCUCCCGCCACAAGGUCUCAAAGCAGGGCUACCACCACGGCUCCGUCCUCAUCACCUGCCCGGGCUGCCGCAACCGCCACGUCAUCAGCGACCACCUCGGCAUCUUUGGCGACAAGAAGGUCACCGUUGAGGAUCUCAUGCGCGAGAAGGGCAGGCUGGUGAAGAGGGGCACGCUCGGCGAGGACGGUGACAUUGAGUUCUACCCCGACGAGGGCUCUACGGAGGCCGAGGCUGGGGCCAAGGCUGGCGAGGCCAAGAAAGAAGAGUCAUCAUGA